AUAGAUCUUUCAUUAGUUGUAUUUUCUAUAUAAUCUUCGACUCUUCUUUCACACAAAUUUUAAAUCAGUAUUUUGAUUGCUCUUAAUAUAGAAGGUACAACUGAAAGAGACGUGAUUGAGAAAAAAAUGAGAAGGCUCUGUAAUGUACAAAGUAAGAAAAGAGGUGUCUCAAUUAGGCCAUAAACACGAUCAGAAACGCGUAUAAAUGUAAUAACUACAUAUUUUGUUAAGAAUAAUGUAAAUUACAAAGAAAUCACGUUUCGUACGUUUCUCAACGGCUCGAGAAUUUGCGAGGGAAGACAAAUCGCGUUCUUCCUCGGAUCCAACCGAGCCUCCCGUGGACAUAUUCAUUCGUCCGUUAACCGAAGCUCUUGUCAAAUCGGGGUCACAGUCGGUCAUUAUCAUUCCUAUCGACCCCGGCACGUCGUUCCAUUGAAGGGAGCUACGUUUCCAGUGAGCGUUCGCUGCGACGCGCCCUACAAUCCCCCGCGAGGGCAACGAUCCCAUUCACCCAGUCACAUUCGCGUUUGUGUGCACGCCAUAUUGAACCGUUGUUCCCCGUGACCGUUCCCCGCACAAGUCACCUGUCCUUCACAAUCCCCGAGAGACCACUGUCUCUCUCGACAGACAAAAUCGAUAGGAUUGUCAUUCGGGAGGGAGAGAGAUUAUCCGUGGAGCCGGAAGCUGCGUUCACAGGUGGUUGAUUAUAGUUGAUCAGACCCCGUCGGGCUAUUGUCCCGGGGCAUAGCUCCGAUAGGUAGUAAACAAGCGAGUGACGUGACGCGAAGCGUUCUAUCUUCUGAGGAAAAAAAAUCGCGCGACACCGUAAGUUUCUUCAUCCGACGAAUCUCCCAAGUUCGAUCGAAUGUCGGAUCGAGUUCGGUGCAUUUGUGAAUUUGUUCUUUUCUCUUCUGUGAUCAGUGAUAACGCUGAGAACGCGAGUGGAAUAUGUUCUUCGCUGUCGCGCUCGAGCGACGUGCAAUUGCGGUGCGCUAAUUAACAACGCUUUCCUGGGAGCACAGUUGCGAUCGCGGAAUCCGCGACACGAACGGGCGCUGUCCAUUGUUGCUCCGCGAGCGCGUUCCUAACCUCAACCGCGAGAGACGCUCGGACGAAUAUGGGGAACACGUGCAACGAUUGCAUGGCCAGAGUGCCGUACGCGACUCUCAUAGCGACCAUAAUGUGUUGCUUGGGAGUUGGGAUCUUCUGCGGUACUAUGUAUAGAGGUGCUACAUUAUGUGCUCUCAUGAUGGAUCAGGUGUUUCAUCUGCACCUCGGAUGGCUGGACGCGAUGCAGCUGGUGUUCGCGUCAGUCGGAGCCUGCAUGGCGGCAUUGGGAUUCAUGAUCUUGUGCGUCGGGUGUCUCGCAACCGGUGCUACGAGGCAUAAAGUCUAUCGUGCAUGGCGGUCCAGAGUAGGUGGACGUAUUUCUUGUGCUGUUUUUAUGACUAUCAUUUAUAUCCUGCAAUUAGCUUGGCUCCUGAUAUUUGCCUUUCUGGUUAUCACCACGCUGAUAUUUACCAUAUUCUGGGGCCUGUGCAGCAAUCCACGUGUCCAGUCUCUCGACGACUGCAUCGAUUUCACUCAAUUCAGCUUCAUGUUUCCGAAUAACACUCGAAUGCAGGACAUGCAGGUGUGCGGAGCGCAGGAAGUCAAGCUGUUUUGCAAGGACUUCGUGGAGAAAGCCGAAGUGAUGUUCAUUCUGGCGACAGUAGCAUCCAUGCUGGUGAUCUUGAGCCUGAUACACUAUCUCAUGUGCCUGUCGGCCAAUUACGCGCACAUACGCGAUCACGAGAAGUUCCAGGAACUGCAGGAACUGCAGUAUUUGCAAGACGCAGCUGAUCCGGAUUCACCUCAGCCGGGAAUGGGUACCCUAGGCUCUCAUCGCGGCAAAGACAGGUUCUAGGAUACAGCCCGCGAGAUCUUCGCCAUGAAUCCUUUGUAAGGAGCCUCUGUGGUCCCUCUCUCCGUCGCCUUCCGGGACUCACACGGGGAAUCCUUACGCCCGAUUGGAAACCUCUUCCAGGUGGUACUACUUUUCUUCUCUACGUACCUAAAUUCGGUAUUCCGCUCGUCGGUUUAUUACGCCGCGGUAGUUUACUCGAUCAUGGAGGAUCUUGCGGGAACACUCUAUGCCGUCCAUUUUGACUGUCGUCAUUGUAUAAGAGUUUAUUUCGUCUUACUCUAAGCUGACGAAGAGUAACGAGUUUAUUAGAUUCGUCGUACGUAAGAUUUUCGUCUUGACGUAAAGAUCAAGCCGAUCGUUCGCGCAAUUUUGCCCGAAGGUUUUACGUCCACGACACAAUGUCAUUCCGUUAAUUCGCGUAAGGUAAAAAUACCCGAACAUGCAUCUAAAUUUUUACAUUUAUUUAUUGUUUUGGUCAACUACGAAUAUAUAAAUUUUCGA